UGUAGACCUUGCCCGACCGUGGUGAGCAACUGUAAGGCGCUCUUUCGCCAAAGAAGUAUCUGAGCUGAGUUUGUGUGCGCGAUCACGGCCAUCGUGAUACGGAGCGCUAGCGAGGCUUGCUUUUUACUUGAGUGCAGUGUUCUUUCUCCAAGCGCAGUUUCGUCUCCGUCUUUCAUGAGAAUUGGACAGGACGAUUCAACACACAAGGCCACAAAAUGUGAUGAGAUGAGGGUUCCGGUGCUCGUGGAUUUAAUUCGGAAUGCAAUUUAUUUCGUCGCCGCACUGAAUCCGUGGAUCGUGAAGGCGAACAGGCGCUGACCGGGCUGCUGAAACUCUAGCACGUCGUUACGUGAAUCGUAUCGGCCGACAGAGAGAACACCGUCACGGACAGCUACGAAGCCGGGCAGCCGCGUUCCACUACAGUGAACAGCGAGCAGAGCUUUGCGGAUGCGUCUCUUUUCCGGGUUUUUUUCGGCGGAUUUCGUUCCUUGCUGGUCCACCUGAUCAAGACUGUCUGUCUCCCAGUGGCACAUUCCUGGCUGAAUGUUGAGCCGUUUGCUCACAUUCAGGCCUAGAUAUGGCCAGCAAGCACAGGCCGACUCAUGAAGCCACUGCAGCUGCUGCCACGCGCUACAGCCCCGGACGUCAGCAGAGUGUCAGAGAUGCACAUGGCACUGGCCCCGCUAGUGGCGAGGAUGCGGAGGAGCUUGACAUUGUGCUGCUGCUUGCAGACACUGGCUUUCUUUGCCGUUACCCAAACCUAUGGGAGGAGGCUGCUGGUCUGUGCAAGGACAAGCUUGCUGAAAACCUAAGGGUGAAAGACAUGAUCAACUAUUUUCAGGAAUGGCUGUCUCCAAGAGAUCUUCGAAGCCUUGCAGAGGGCACCGACUUCGGCAAGAGUGAGAAGCUGAUGGAGAUAUUGGAGAGAAGCCACAAUGCUACUUUUGUACCCUUCUUUGAGCAACUCUGGGUCCACCAGCGAACUCUCCCAGUUGUGCAGGAGAUAAAAUCUCGGCUCAUAGAACUGUACAGAAAGCGUGUGGAGGAACAGAAUCCCAUCAGCCACGGGGGAGAGCAGUGGAACUACUUCGCAACUGAUGUCAACAAGGUUCUGGAAGACCCAGUUUUUCUGGAACGCUACGAUGACCUUUGGAACGAGGUUGCCAGAAAGCACAUGCGAGAGCUGCGUGAGGUUAUCAAUGCUGCCGACUUGCUCAAUCUUGUCAGCUCACAGCAUCUCUUGGAGGAGCGCACGAUACGGGAACUGGAAACGAAGCAGGGAGACGACUUAAACCGUGACUUACUACUUCGGCUUGAGGAAGGUCGCAACGAAACGUUCGUGCCGUUCUUCCAGCAUCUGUGGAGCGAGAGCAAGGAUGCUGACGUUGUGCAGCGGAUGCAUCGGCAGAUACUGCACUUGCUGCAUACCUCCGUUGGCAAGAGUCAGAAAACCGCCAAGCGACUGUGGUACUCGACGGCACUGGGCAAAGAGGAGCAUGCCAUCAAGCUGGACUUCACUGGGCCGGUGCCUGCCAUCGUGGAAACGCCACCGAUACUGGUGGACCGGGAUGCCAUCAGGGACUUGCGCAUUGCCCUGAAGAAGGUCGGCAAGUGUACCAGCAAGCUAGGAGGACAAGCAGUCGACGGGCAGCAGCCAGCAGACAGCAACGGCACUGCAUCCGCAAUGAAGUACACGAACCUGAAAGUGCUGGCAAUGGCCGGGAACCGAGAAUGCAUCGAAGGCAUCCUGCAUGGCCACCAGAUUGCCGGCAGCAAAUCUCUGGCACACCUGGUCGACGUGGAGCCAGGGUCCAGCGUCCUGUGCUUUGUGGACAACGUCACAGACACGACGGGUGAAGCGUACCUUGUCCUUAACCUGCACGAACAUGAGCCCAUCAGCACGGCUUGUCAACUUCUCAACCUGACGAUGGAUGCGUCCGACUCUGUCCUACUGGCAUUCACUGAUCACGACUGGUCGUGGGAUCGAGAUGCAGCGGGAAUGCGCCGUUCCAGGAGUGGCACCAGGAUCGUGUUCAAGGAGAAGUUCGGAAACCUGAAACGGCAUCCCAGGCAACUCGAACCGAACAACCCUCUUAAGCUUCGAUUCAAGUAUGUGUGGUACGGCUGCAAAGGAUCGCUUGCCUGGCAAACACGGCGGCUUGCAAUAGCUGUCACGCAGCCCUACCAGACGGUACAGUUUCCAAGUGAAAACGACGCGCGCAAGGAAGAAGUCAUCAGGCGCUGCUUCAACGUCACCGACGGCAGACAAUCAAGCACCCCACUUGCUGCCACUGCCACUGCUGUCACGACCGACAUGGGGAACGUACCGAUCAUCGAAGGUCCUAUCAUUCAGCCGAUGGACAGAGUUGAUCUUCGCAGGCUGCUGCGCCAGCCGAUGGUCCAGUUUGACCAGCUGUUCACCAACAUGGCGCUCGGUCCCAGCCUCUCCGUCCUCUCAACAGUCUUACUCGAAUCCGAUGACCCACUACCCCAGGAUGCAAGCAGCCAUGGUGACGCCUCAUCUGCAAUAUGUCGUCAGUGCUUUGCAUCCAAUCCUGUUCCGGUCAACCAACGAGCUAAGUUUGUGGACGUUGUGCACAAUCUGAUCGAAGUGAGUCCACUGGCAAGUGAGCUACGUCACCGUAGUGACCCGGCGUAUGUUACAACCGUAUUGACCGACGACGAACUCAGUGCGAUGACUAUUGCCAACAUGUGCUCCGGCGGAAUGAUGGCCGCUAGCAUACCGGGUGAUGCCAAGGUGGCUGCCAUUAAACCGGGACGCGGCAGGAGACCGGAGGUGGAGCAGCGGAAACAUGCUCGACUGCUGCUCUCCACGCGCCUUCUUGACAAGAGGGUGCACAGCUUCUUCUGCUUCGAAGGCUUGCAUCUGCUCUCUCAAUCCAAGGAACCUUUCCAGGACGCAGCCAUGCCGCUCCUGUUACCAGCAGUAGCACUAAGCAAUGUCUUCAUCGUCUGCUCUGACAAUCCAGCGGCUGCAGUCAAACGACUUGUGGCGGUUAUCAAGCAGAUGAAAGAGCAUAUGAAAUCGCUCUGGGUUGAUCCGAAGGAGAAGGAGUCCAAGCUAGACCCGCAGAAAAUCGACAGCGGCCUGUUUACGGGCCGUCUCCUCGUACUGUCCACGUCUCGGCAAAGCAACGACGAAGAUGGAUCCCAGAGAUUCUGUCACCUUGACCCAGAGGAUCAAGAUACUCUCAGCGAGUUCUUCGGCGAUUACGAUGAGUGGUAUUAUGACGAAGUUCAGCUUGAGGCAGCGCAGCGCGAGGCGUGCGUUCGACAGUUUGUGGCGGAAUGUAUAACGGAUCACCUCAGCGAGCCUUCGACGCCGUGCUUCAAAUCAGCCGAUUUCCACGACUCGCUGUGUUUGAUGCUGGGUGCUGCUGCCGCUGCUUGUACUAGCUUCACAUCGCUGAAACUCAGCCAAGUCCAUCACCGUGAAACCAUAGAGUUUUUUGAGCUCUUGUUCACCGCGCUAAGAAGCGGAGAGUGGAAUGGCAUACCUUGCACCGGUGGCACCCAAGAGUUAAAAAUCGACGGAGAGGUCGUGGAGCCGUUCCAUCGACCGCAGAAGUACAAGUGGUCCAUGGAUGCCGGCUUGCCACUCGAUUUCAAAGUGGACGUGAAUUGUGCCGAUAUAGACAAGUGCCUCGACGGCAGCAAAAAGCUGCUGAGCGAUGCUGCCCGCGACAUGAUCAAUGCUCUGCGUGUUGAUAUCGCAAGAGCCGUACUGAAGUCAGAAGAAGACUGGUGGUCUCGAGGCCCGGCCGCUCUCCACACUCAGAUCAAGACAGCGCUGGACAUCCUCUGCAAGCGCCGGCAAAGAGCCGUGAGGUUACUAUCCCACGUUCACAGGCCGGAAAUAAAGCGAACCGUCUACCUUGAAGCAGAAAUCAAAUCCUGUUUCAGCUUCUUUGAGUCGAUCUGGGAGCCUUGCGACCAGCCAUGCUCCUACAAGCCCUGUCACCUGCUUUGUUUGCAGCCGCGUGGUCAUCGCGAAAAGCAUGACUGUCUGUUUGAUCACGGCAAGCAAGACAAGCAUUACUGCGGCAGACCUUGCACGUAUUGUCGGGAGAAGAAGACCAGGGGAGGCGAACCCGGCCAGUGUAUGGCGGGAGCAGGUCACGAGAGCCGUCGUUGCCAGUGCUGGCAAGAAGGAGAUAACGUGCCUGCACAGCACAAGUGUCAGGAGCCGUGCAAGUUCCAGGAUGCCUGGGUUCACACGCAUGGUAGUCGCGCGCAGGUGAGGAACUCAAUUUGCCACAAGGAUGCUCUGCAUGAUGAACCCAGCAGGGACGGCGAACAUAUUGGCGAUGACCAGGCUGAACACAAAUGCUCCGCUGAAAGGCACACGUGUGCGCAGCAGUGCCAACUUCGACCGACUUCUCGAGCACGGUGCAAGAAAUACUGCCUGCACGACAUAGACAAGGGGCAAGGCCAUGACCUACACACGUGUGGUGCCACAGAUCACAAGUGUCCAGACGUAUGUCAAGCUGAAGGUGUGUGUGCCAUAGCCAACAACUCGGAGUCAGAGUUAGACCCCAACAUCUGCAGAGACGAGGAGCAGCGAAUCGGUGUGAACGGCUAUAAGAUGUUCUGCGGGUCAACACUGGACGCCAUGACCCUGACGCAUAGCGGCAAUCACCAGUGUGGCAAGGAACAGAAAGAUCACACGUGUACAGAGAUCUGCCCACUGUGCAGCAUGGUGUGUCGUCUCGGCUGGGACCACGAGGGACCGCACGAUAUGGAGCACGGACAGAUCCGAAACAGUCGCUUUGCCAGGGUGCGUAAUGGCCGAACGCAUGAGUUGGUGGCCCAUGAUACACCGCCAAGAUGCGAUCAGCUAUGCCCUGGCGAGGACAACAUGCGGGGUCACGAACACAUCUUGUCCAAGGAUAUUGUGUCAUUGCUGGCCAAACGUUCCGGCGCAUUUGACACCUCUGCCUCUGGCCAUAGGCCAUUCUUUCCACGCCGGGAACAAGGCGGGGACAACCACAAGGUUGUGAAUCACACAUUCUUCUGGAAGAGGCUGAAUAUCGUUGAUCCGAAUGCGGGCAGUGCUGACUUUGACCGUUGCCCCAUGCAAUGCCCAAGACAUCCUGCGACCAGUGCAUCCUACUGCACAGGCUCUUUGUGGCAUAAAGCAUUUGAUGAGAAAUACGAGCCAGAUGACAAAGGCUACACAGGAAAGGCAGUGAGGGAGGAGAUCGGCGGUGUCGAGCGAAAACAAAGCCACAGCAAAGAGCACGACGUAUACAUAGGCCACUAUUUCCCGUGCAGCGGAGAGCCGGAUCAUACGUGUAACGGACUCUGCACUCUACCCGAGAAACUGGAGAAAUGCAUGCGCGGCACGGAGCGUUCACGGUGUUCCAAGCCUGUGGGUCACCGCGGUGUGUGCUCAUGUCAGACUGCUGAAAAGCACGUCUGUGGCAUCCCGUGCCCAGCUACUUUGGAGUCCGGUCUUUGUGGAGAGCCUUGUGUACGGCGCGUCGAGGAGCAUAACUCUGAAGAUCAACCUGAUCAUGAGCUGCACUGGUGUGGUAUUGAUAGGUGCUGCAGGAACUGUGCCUGUGGUGAGAACUGCUGCAAAAGCGGUAAGCCAAUCGAUAACUUGCACGGUGGUGAAGAUAAGCCAAUACCUCAUCAUUGCGGCAUUCGUCACGUGUGCCGGGAGCUUUGCGAGGAGGAUGGAAUCUGCAUGCUUGCAUCCGAUCCUACUACGGUAGAUCUUGAGAAACACAAGCGGCGAUCCAGUGAUGGAAAUGGGUAUCGUUUGCUGUGCGACAUCAAGAAGCCUGUCGGAGAGAUAGAACACGAGGAGAAGCACUCCUGUCGGAACACGCACACCUGCACUGUCCAGUGUCCGGGCUGCCAUCGCUACUGCACACGAGAUAUCAAUCACAAAGGCAAUCACCGCCUCGAUGAACAUGGCCCGUACCGGAAUGACUCUUGUGUGGUUCGCAACGGUGUCAGCGGUAACGUCGAAGUCUCUGGCGAGCGAACUUGCGGGCAGUUGUGCAAGGAAGCAGGGCGUGGCCAUGCCCACUGCAGGCCGAGAGAGAAGUCACAGAGACAUUCCGCAUUCUGGGAGUCGUUUGGGUUUGACUCUCCGUGCCCGGAAGAGCGUGAUUUCCUGGAUGGCUGUCCGGUCAAGUGCAAUGCAAAGGAACGACACGGACCUAAGGCCAACGUCUACUGCCAAGGGAAACUAUUCCACGAGCUGAGCGAUAAACCGGAGCUAGACAACGCGACCGCCGCCACAUCUCUGAUGUACACCGGACUGCAAAUCUAUGGAGUUGACGAGCAUGGGCGGGAGCUGUGCGGCCACUGGUUUGCCUGCUCCACCAAGCACAAGUGUGCAGAGCCAUGUGUAUGCUGCUCCCGCGACGAGAAUCAGAGCGAGAAAAGCGCGAGAGACGUGGCCUGUCGGUUCUACCGCCACGAUCACGAAUCCCGGUGCAGGUGUGGCAAAGAGCACCAUCAAUGCCACAUGGCAUGUGACGCUCCUCACUGCAACGUGUUUUGUGCGCAAGAUAACUUCUAUGAGCAUACGGACCAUAAGUGUGACACUGUAUGUAAGCACAGGUGUGAAAUCGGUGAUUGCAUGGCGAAAUGCAAUGCACCUGAUCAUGUUCACUCCACAAAGAACAAAGGGCUACACCAUUGUAAUCAGCCGCACCCGUGUCCCUGGUACUGUGACAUGGAUGGUGUGUGCCAUGUCACAACUAUCCACGGGAAAGCACCAGAGGAUAGCCGGGCACUUGUCUCCGGUUUAAGCAACCCCACCGGAUUUCAACUGAAGUGUGUGAAGCCGUUUCCAGCCGGGAGCAAAGCGCACUGUGGAAAACACGAGUGUUCUUCUGAAUCUCAUACCUGCAAGGAGCAAUGCCCACUGUGCAAACGUCACUGUGAACUACACGCUGGACACCACAACGCUGGAUACCACAAGAGCGGUUCUCUUCAUCAGGUCCAGCACGGGAAAAUCCUGACAGCCGUGAAGCUCUCGGUCGGUCUUGGCGAGAUCCACAUUGAAGGAGGUUUAACAUGCCAAGAUAUGUGCGAGAAAGGAGGACGAGGCCACUUACACAUCGUUGGUGCCUUCCUGAAUCUUAUGAAGAGCUUCAACACUCAUGAACAAUUCUGGCUUGAUAUGAAGUUCAAAGACCCAGCUUCUCCAGAGCAGCAGAUUAGGUAUGGUCUUUGCAGAGAGCCGUGUAUCUUGCCGCACAGCAAUGAUCCUCCAUACUGUGCCUACGGCGUGAACCACCCGUAUCCAACUACCACCAACGGGUUGGUAUUUCAUCACUGUAAGCAGCAACACACUUGCAACCAGCCCUGUGAUGAACCAGGAGUCUGUGUUAUUCUCUCACCGGGUGGUGAUGAACAGCCUCUGAACGUCACCGCAACCGCAUUUCCCAACGGCUUCAGGAACUCAUUCUGCAAGAUUCCCAUACCACCCCGUCUUCAAAAGCAUGACAAGUCCCACCACUGUGGUGUUGUCCACCGCUGUAAUAAGUCCUGCAGCAUGUGUGGACACUGCUGUUCACUUCCAUACAAUCACAAUCACACUGGCACUGCCUGCUCCGUGACUCACGGUAGCAUCAAGUCGGACGUCCUUGCCAAGAUCGCCUUACUGGACAAGGAUGGAAGAGAAGUGCAACUGCCGGAUGCGGCAAUCACCUGUGACAAGCUAUGUAAGAUUGCUGGGCCAUCUCAUUCUCAUCUCAUCUACGACGUGGAUGCUGCCAGCAGCACCUCCACCUCAUGUACCAAGGCAAGCCAAGUGUCUCAUAGGACCUUCUGGGACAACUUGUCAUUAUUGGAUCCAUAUCCUGAAGGGGAGUCACGCCUAUUCAACGCCUGCCAAUAGUGUGUACCCUGCCUGGCCACGACGGCAUUGAAAACAGGCAGUGCCUUGGUGAAAUCCAUCAUCAACUCUACAACCCGGAGGCCGAGCCAGAACGAGGUUUCACUGCUGAAGAGCGGCAUGGACAGUUACAAGGCCAUUGGUUCGAAUGCGAAGAGCACUUCUGCGGUGACAAGUGUGAACUGUUUCAAGAUGGACAACGGUGUGAAGGCGCCUGCACUCUACUGGAAGGCCAUGACAAGAGUGCGCAGCCCUGCAAGUGCAAAUCAGCACACACCUGUGACAAUAUGACAAUGUGUGUAGUGUGACGAUACAAUGUGUGUGUAGACAAACAUUACGAUUAUGUAUUUGUUGUGGUGACAUCUGUCAUCAGUGUGUCAUGCCUCUUACCUCAUUGUAGCUUCAUCCGUAGUCCGCUUCAAUUGUCCUUGUUCUAUAUUCUAUUCUAUUUCUUCUAGUGCUAGUCGUUUCACUUCUCAUCUUUCCUUGAAGUAGUAUAUUUGAAUUGUAAUUGUUUUCCUGCAACGAUCGUUCGUUGUGUUAUUUAUUUGUGUCUUGACUUCAUUAUUUAUUUCGCCAGCGCCUGCAAGGCUUUGUUAAGGCUGCAUGCUAGAUUCUGUGUUCACGCGUGACUAAUGAUGUCAUCGCUAUGCCUUUGCUUGCUGCGCGUAGUCUUGUUGUUUUCUUUGCUUCGUUCGAGUUGCUGUUGCUCGACUUCGUUUUCUGAUCUAUUUUCUGCAUUCAAUGGUGGCCGUGAUGGCUGUCGCUGCAAUAGCAGCUUCAGCCACGACGGGCCUCUAUCGGUUGCUCUGUCGCCAUGUUGGACGCCAUGUUUUAGACGUGUCUUUUCCUGGCGAAAGGCUAAAGGGACAAGCUUAUCUAUUUUUGCGGAUUUUCUUUCAUAAAAAAAUAAACGUCACAGGCUGCUCUUCGGAGGUGUCCGCGUCCCAGCGGUCCGGGCAAGCGACCGAAUCUCAGUGGGACACUUGGCCGUGGCCUUUGUACUGGAAUCUGUGGGAGAGCCUUUCCAGGGACUACACCUGGGUACCCGGGUAUCGGGUAUGGCUCCUUUUUUGUUCCUUUCCUUUUUAUUUGUUUUUGCUGAGAAAGAAACGUUGCAGGAUGGAAAGCUUUCUGUUCCCGCCAUGCGCCAGCGCCUUUGCUCUAGUAAAACAUUGCUGGCUGAUAAUGGUCAUUGCCCGUGAUGUCAACUUAGAAGGUGACGGGAAGCUGGGUUUCUUGCCAUUUCCAACUUCCUGACUCUGAAAAUGUAGCUUGAACUAAGAGCUCCAAAUAUUUCAGUUUUUCGAUGUGCCAGACCUAUUGUUACGACCUGCAGAGAUGAGGAGCAAGUGAGGCGUUGGAUUAAUGCCAAUAAUGGUGUUUAUGGCCCGGACGACGCCAGCGGUUUUCACUUGUCAGGAGGACAGCCAAGUUGGAGCAGGCAGAUGACAGAUUAUUAACUUUGAGCAUUUAUAGCCGAGUGUGUGGCUUGCCAGAGAGAAUCGUCUCAGUACCUCAUGGUUACUAGUAUCUGACAAAUGCCUCUUAUUGCUAGUCUGCACUAGAGCAUUAGCAGAAUUGAUCAUGUCACAAGUAGUGUCAAGACUUGAUGUCCUACGAGUAUACUCAGAUCAUGUUGCUACUUCACAGGAAUAUUCGUCCUGCCACUGUACACUCUUCCAGGAUUGCAUGCAGAAGUCACAUGCCUAUCACAGUGUGCAAGGGACAACGCGUUUGCACUGCUUACGGAUUCAAGCGGAUGGAGUGCAGGCCAGAUAAGAAGACAUAAUCCGGCUAUUCAAAUAGCUUGGGCUGCUAUUAAUUGGCUAGACUCCUGGAAACAUGGACAAGAAUCUAAACCAGUCCACGGAAACAAUAUCACGCCACACAGGAAGCUAAAUGGCAAACCAAUCAAGUUCUUUGGUAAUGAAGCCGUUCACCAACAUUGUCCGGUUGCAUGGCUAGUGUCACUCAAACAAGACCAAUGGACCUAAAAGAUACGCUGUUGAUCAACCACAACUCCAAUACCACUGAGCAGUGUACAGAUCCAAUUAGAUAUUCAAGUAUAUGAGUGGAAGUUGCUGGUAUAGUCUCUCCUAAUGACCGCGUAUUUGGCAUAAUGUUCUCUAUACUGCACUCUAGAGCUACUUACCUUUUCCGGCAUUGAACUCAGGCAGGGACCACUCGCCUGCAGAAUGAGCCAAUUGACACAGAAGCUAAGUACCAUGUGCAUCCGUCGCAAGAGAAACACGCAAGUCUGCAAGUGAAGUGGAUGUACACCCACUGAUUUUCUCUUAUGCCGAUAUCAGACAUGACCUGAGUGAAACGUAUGAAGACUUGCACCACAUUACUGCACAAUUGCAUAUAAUUAUUGCGAGGCCUUGUGAAAUGAUUCUCAAUGCACACCUGGUCUACGCCACGCAGAAUACAUCGGAUUAUAAUCGCCAAUACAGCUGCCUAUGUCUCUCUCUCUCUCUCUCUCUCUCUCUCUCUCUCUCUCUCUCUCUCGAUCUUCAUCUAUAUCUCUCUAUCUACCUAUACCCAAUCUGCGGACAGAACUGUUUCGUCCUUUGUGAACUGAUCAGCGCAGCACAGAGAAAAUGAGGCCGAACCUGAUUGCAAUGAAAAAUAAAAUUUCCAAAGCCAGACUUAAUUCUCCACCUAUCAACUCCCUUCUGUGUGUCUGCGCGUGCAUGGGUGCAGGGUAUAUGCGCACAUAUCUUUCUCUCUCUCUCUCUCUCUCUCUCUCUCUCUCUCUCUCUCUCUC